AUGGUUACCGCGAGACGCUCUGUCCCGGCCCAGGCGCGGUCGCCAUGCUGGGCCCCGGUGUUAGCGGCGGCAACGGGUGGCGGCUUCCCCCGCUGUGAGUGGCACCGGGGGUGGGGGGCUGACACCGGAAGCCUGCGCAAGGCCAGUCCCCGCCUGGGGCCUGCGAGUGAAACUAUUACCAUCAUUUCAAUAUUUCUCCAGGUUUUUGGUGACGGAGGAAAGGAUGUGACACCUCAUCCACUCUUCACUUCAGAUUCAAGUACUGCUAUAGCCAGACAGGACAAGCUCUUAGCACCCAGUACCUGCCCUUGGGCCACAGGAUCCAGUCUUCUCUCUUUCCUUUCCACAAUUCAAACAACAGAAAGCCUCUUGUCCACCAGCACCCCCAAGUCUCUCUCCUCAGGGCUGCUUUCCAGCCAGUCACUGCCCAAUGUGCAGAUGAGGCAAGAGGAGAUAAAAGAACAACUGACAGAAGAAGACUUAGACAGAAGAGUGGAUGUUUUCCUCACAGAGACAGAAACCCUCUGGAUAUUGGAGAAGCCAUCUGUUGUGGUGUCUGCAGAAUCAGAAGAUGCUGCAAGAAUCCAGGAGAGGAACAGGAUUUAUGCUGAUGUCUGCAAAGCCAGGCCUGGUAACGAUCACUUUGUAGCUAAAGCCAUGCAGACCCUGGACACAGCUGCAAAGAACAAGGAAGCCCAGUGUGACAAAAUCAUCCUGGAGGAUAAAGGGGUGAUGGUCACCUUGUGGGACUUGUAUGAUUCAUUUCACGCACCAGAAAUAGACCCUAGGUCAAGAGCAGAAGGUAUCAGAGCCACAACCAGGAGAAGCAGCGAAUCUCACCCAGCUGAAGAGCAACAUCAGCCUACAUCUAGCACUUCUGACACAGGCAGCAAAAUAUCUUCUACAUCAACGCUGGAAAGUGCUACCUCGGCCAGAAGCCACAAAGAUGAGAAACACUGUUCAGAAGCUAUCUUGACAUCAGAAAACUUCCAGCAGGGUUUGGUUUUCAUGGAGAGGAUCCUGUUGGAGAAUAUUUUCCAACCCAAACUUGCAGCUUAUCGGCAGUUUCCUGUCUUUAGAGAUUCUGAUGUUAUAACAGACACAGCAGCAGCUGUGAAAGAAACUGACCAGGAAGGUCAUGAUGAAGAGAAGAAUAAGGAAGAGCAUGAUGAGGAAAAGAAGGAUAAAGAAGAGGAAGUGCUCACUGACCCAUCAAUUCUGUCAGAUCUAAAUAGAACCCCAGAAGAACUUGAUCCCAGCAUGGAAUGGCUGUGGUCAUAUACCUGUGAUUUAACUAAUGGUUACAGUGUGAGCAGCAUGGCUUGGAGCAAAGAAAACCCAGAUCUUUUAGCUGUUGGUUACAGAACCCUUGAUUUCAAAGAGCAGAAGAAAGGCUUGGCUUGCUGUUGGUCACUGAAGAACCCCAUGUGGCCAGAGCGUAUUUUCUGGUGUGAACAUGGUGUUACUGCUUUGGAUUUCUCUAUGGCCUUCCCAAACCUUUUAGCAGUUGGAAUGUAUGAUGGUUCUGUUGCAAUCUUCAGUGCAGAGAGCUGCGACACCUCCUCGCUUUUGGACAGCAGUGACUCCUCAAAUAGCCAUACAGGUCCUGUAUGGCAGCUGAAGUGGGUGGAACAGGACAGAGGUGUAAAAGGAGGUGGCAAAAAAGAGAGAUUACUCUGUGUGUCAGCAGACGGCCGAAUCACUGAGUGGUUUCUACAGCCCAGACUGGAUUGCACUGAUGUGAUGAAACUAAAACGAACAGAAAGAGUGAGGAAAAUAUUCCCAGGUGAGAAAGGAAGGAAAAGCGAAGCUCUGUUAUCUCGAGAAGUACCUGGGAUGUGCUUUGACUUCCAUCCAAAGGAUACCAAUGUUUAUCUUGUUGGGACAGAAGAGGGUCACAUCCACCUGUGUUCUUGUUCCUGUGAUGAGUGGUUUCUAGAGACAUACAGAGGCCAUAAGGCUCCUGUGUACAAAGUUGCUUGGAAUCCCUUCAGCACUGACAUGUUCCUAAGCUGCUCUGCUGACUGGAAGAUUAUUUUGUGGCACCAGGAUUCCCAAGCACCCAUUCUAACUUUCCGUUCCACUGCUGUUUUUGUUCAUGACAUCAUGUGGUCUCCAAAAUCAGAGUUCAUCUUUGCAGCAGCACAUGAAAGCAGAGCAGAAAUUUGGGAUCUUCGUGUCAGCAUCUUGGACCCCACCAUCUCCUGCUUUGCCAACCCAGGAGUGAUAUUCACCUCAGUGCUCUUCGCUAAGAACACCGAUUGCCUGCUGGUAGGGGACAGCAAAGGAGAAGUCAGUGUGUUUGAGCUGCAGAACCUGGCUGUGUCCAGCAGUAGCCAGGUAUGAUUUCCACCAGGAAAAGGUGGUGGUCCUCAGAGGCUGCCUGCUUGUCUGGUACUUCAUUCCUUAGAAAGGGGGUUCUGGUAAAGGUCUAGCUAACAAAUUUUGAAAUGGGAGGAAUCUGACACAAUUCCAUCAUCAGAUGAAAACCUGAGGUGGUUCUUCAUCUUGAGGUUGGAUGGGGCUUUGAGCAAGCUGGUCUGACAGAAAGUGUCUCUGCCCACAACAAGGGAAGAGCAAAGAAAUGCUCUUUAAGGUGCCCAGUGACAGGACAAGGGCCAAUGGGCACAAACUGGAACCCAGGAGGUUGCA